GACAAAAUGAUUAAGAUAGAGUGACAGUCAACCAAGAUCAUAGAGAGAGAAGUAAAUAAUAUAUAUAUAGUAGUACUAAAGUAAAGGUAUUAGAACCUUCCCAUAGAAACAAUACAUUAGAUUUUUUCCAUGCUUUUUUUUUUUUUUGGCUUGUUUCAUACAUAAAGUUUGAAUCUUUUUACCCUUUUUCCCUUUUCACAAAUCUUGCAUAUAGAUAGGAAGAUCCCCACCAUUCUUGGAAAAAAGUAGGAGCUUGUAGUUUUUUAUAUAACCUUCCCAUAUCAAGAUUCCAUGGUUUUUUCUGUAUCAUCAUCAAAAGGAAUCACUUGACAAUCUUAGUUAAUUUGCUCUUCUGGGAUGUGGGGUCUCUAACAUUUUGAAGAAGUGAUGCACAAAAGUCUAGAGGUAAUGCUAAUCCAUUGGUUUUCUUUAUAUAGUUGACUUCUCGAUCUAGCAUAUUGGCUUAUUCAUUAGUAUGUGCUGGAGUUUGUGGGCAGCUCUGAAUUUUUGCAGUUCUUUGAAAUGGUUAAUUUAUCAAUCUUUUGGAUAUUUGUUUGUACUGGACCUUGCUUUGGUUUGUUAUAGGUUGUCUUGUCUAGAGACGGAUUCAAGAUUUAAAAUCAAUGGGCUCAACCUUUAUAUUUUUAUCAUUGAACUCAUUAUACUUUUGAAAUUGCAAGCUCAAAGCUUGAAUUAUUAAAUUUUUUAAGUGAUUUUUCAUAUGUAUAUCUAUACUUGUGCCGAAGAUACUAUAUUCAGAUCAACCUGUUGACUAUAUGCUACAUCCGCCGCUGGUUGCCAAGGUUGCUUUCUAAAUAUAGCUGAUUCAUCUGCUAUGUCGUGAUGAUUGAAGCUGCGGGAUAUUUCUCUAAAUUUUACAGGUCAAGCUGCAACUUUGAGCCGAGGGUCUACCGGAAACAGGCUCUCUGCCUUCUUAAGGUAGGGGUAAGGACUGCGUACACUCUAUCCUCCCUAGACCCCACUUGUGAGACUACACUGGGUAUGUUGUUGUUGUAAGCUGCAACGUUGAGUUACUGAGGGGUUUUGAUAUGUCUCGGGUAUUUGACUCAAGAAAUGGGCUAAUUCUGAUUUGGAUGGUUUUCUUGUUGGCUUCUGUGAUGUUGGUUUAUCCUAUAGAAGGAUUGAAUGCUGAAGGAAUUUACCUACUUGAGUUGAAGAAGAAUAUAAUCGAUAAGUUUAACUAUCUUGAGAAUUGGAAUUCUAGUGAUGAGACACCAUGUAAGUGGAAAGGUGUAAAUUGCACUUCUGAUUAUAAUCCAGUUGUGCAAAUUCUUGAUCUGAGGUCUAUGAAUCUUUCUGGCUCUUUGAGUUCUAGUAUUGGCGGUCUUGUAUGUUUAACCGUUCUUGACUUGUCUUACAAUGAAUUCACUGGAAAUAUUCCGAAAGAAAUAGGAAAUUGCUCGAAAUUGCAGAGUCUCCAACUCAAUGAUAAUGAUUUCUAUGGCCAGAUUCCUGCUGAAUUGUAUAACCUUUCUUAUUUGGAAGAGUUAAAUUUGUUCAAUAACAUGAUAUCUGGUCCUAUUUCAGAGGAGUUUGGGAAACUCUCUUCUCUAGUUUCUUUUGUUGCAUACACCAAUAAUAUCAUCGGUCCACUCCCUCGAUCACUUGGGAAUCUGAAAACAAUGAUAACGUUUCGAGUGGGGCAGAAUUUACUCUCUGGAAGCUUACCCGCGGAGAUUGGUGAUUGCCUGAACUUACAAGUUCUUGGUCUGGCACAAAAUAAUAUUGGAGGAAAUAUACCCAAAGAGCUCGGUAUGCUUAGUAGUUUGAAACAACUUGUACUUUGGGACAAUCAAUUAUCUGGCUAUAUUCCAAAGGAACUCGGAAAUUGUACAAGACUUGAACUGUUUGCUUUAUACCAGAACAACCUGGUUGGAGAAAUUCCUGUUGAGAUAGGUAAGCUCAAAUUUCUCAAGAGGUUAUACCUAUACCGGAAUGGAUUAAGUGGUACUAUUCCAAGGGUUAUUGGGAAUCUUUCUUCGGCAUUAGAAAUUGAUUUCUCAGAAAACUAUAUAAUUGGAGAAAUACCAACUGAGUUCAGUCAAAUAAAGGGCCUGAAAUUGUUGUAUCUUUUCAAAAACCAGCUCAAAGGUGCCAUACCUCAAGAACUUACUAGUUUAAGAAAAUUGGAACAUCUUGAUCUGUCGAUUAACUACUUAACAGGCCCUAUUCCAUUUGCAUUUCAGUAUCUGACUGAAUUGGUUCAGUUACAGCUCUUUCAGAACUCUUUAAGUGGUAGUAUUCCUCAACAUCUCGGGAUUUAUGGCCGACUUUGGGUUGUUGAUUUAUCUAACAACUACCUCACAGGAACAAUCCCUCCAAAUAUUUGUAGGAAUUCCGAUUUGAUUUUGCUAAAUCUUGGCUCAAAUAACUUGCACGGAGACAUUCCACCUAGUGUUAUUAACUGUGUCUCGUUGGUACAACUUCGUCUUAAUGGCAACUGGCUACAAGGGAAAUUUCCUUCUGAUGUGUGCAAAUUGAGGAAUUUAUCUGCUCUUGAAUUAGGCCAGAACACGUUCGGUGGUUUAAUACCUCCUGAGAUUGGAAACUGUCAAAAUUUGCAAAGACUUGAUUUGUCAGGCAACUAUUUCACACAUGAGUUGCCAAAUGAGAUAGGGAAUCUUCAAAAACUUGUAACUUUUAAUGUCUCAUCUAAUUUGCUGACUGGUCAAGUACCACCAAAAAUUCUGAAAUGCAAGGCGCUACAACGACUUGAUCUCAGCAAGAACAGCUUUUGUGGUACUGUACCUGAUGAAAUUGGAAAACUGGCGCAGCUAGAACGCCUUUUGGUUUCAGAAAAUAAGUUUUAUGGAAAGAUACCAGCAGCAUUGGGGAGGCUUUCGCGUUUGACUGAGCUGCAGAUGGGUGGAAAUUCAUAUUCAGGUGAAAUACCACCAGAAUUAGGUAAUCUUACUGGUUUACAGAUCGCGAUGAAUCUUAGUUACAACAAUCUCUCUGGUACAAUACCACCUAAGCUUGGCAAUCUUAUUCUACUAGAGUAUCUCUAUCUCAACAAUAAUCAUCUCACUGGUGAAAUACCGAUCACAUUCCAAUACCUGACCGGUCUAAUGGGCUGUAACUUUUCAUACAAUAACCUCACCGGUCCACUGCCAGAUAUACCGCUGUUUCAAAAUAUGGAUGUCAGUAGCUUUAUUGGAAACAAAGGUCUUUGCGGUGGGCUUCUAGGUGAAUGUAAUGAAUCUCCAUCUUUAAAUUCUGAUCCUGUAGUCGAAAGUGCAGGUGCUCCUAGAGGGAAUAUUGUUACUAUUAUUGUUGCGACUGUUGUUGGUGGUGUUUCUCUUGUUUUGAUUUUAGGUGUUUUAUAUUUGAUGAGGCGGAAUCCAGUUCAGAUGGUUGAAUCCAUCAAAGAUAUGGACGCGUCAUUUCCAGGUUCGGGCAUAUAUUUCCCUCCCGAAGAGGAAUUCACUUUCCAAGACUUGGUUGACGCGACAAACAAUUUUCAUGACAGUUAUAUUGUUGGGAGAGGAGCUGUAGGGACAGUUUAUAAGGCUGUGAUGCAGUCUGGGAAAACGAUUGCGGUUAAGAAGCUGGCUUCUAACAGAGAGUGUAAUAACAUAGAAAAGAGUUUCCGAGCAGAGAUUACAACACUGGGAAAGAUCAGGCAUCGUAACAUUGUAAAACUCUAUGGCUUUUGCUAUCAUCAGGGUUCUAAUCUGCUUCUUUACGAGUACAUGGCGAAAGGUAGCUUAGGUGAAUUGCUUCAUAGUACAUCCUGUAGCUUGGAGUGGCCGAUACGCUUUAAAAUAGCUCUUGGGGCAGCUGAAGGCCUAUCUUACUUACAUCACGAUUGCAAGCCACAGAUCAUCCACCGCGAUAUAAAGUCCAAUAAUAUAUUGCUUGAUGAGAAGUUAGAAGCUCACGUUGGUGAUUUUGGCCUAGCUAAAGUUGUUGACGUGCCUCAAAAUAAGUCUAUGUCUGCAAUUGCUGGAUCAUACGGCUACAUUGCCCCUGAAUAUGCUUACACAAUGAAAGUAACAGAAAAAAGCGAUAUCUAUAGUUAUGGAGUCGUCCUUUUGGAGUUGCUAACUGGAAAAACACCUGUACAGCCACUAGAUGAAGGAGGUGAUCUUGUCACCUGGGUGAGGCAUUAUAUUCGGGACCAUUCGUUAACGCCAGGGAUACUUGACAGCAGAUUGGAUUUAACCGAUAAAACUACUGUAAAUCAUAUGCUUACAGUUUUGAAAAUUGCUUUAGUGUGCACUAGUAUGUCACCAGUUGAUCGUCCUUCAAUGCGUGAGGUCGUGUUAAUGUUGAUUGAGUCUGAUGAGCAAGAAGGUAACUUCAUCUUGUCUCAAGUUUAAUUACCCUCAGAAAAACAUAAUAACCUGUAAAUGUAUACAAAAAUGCCUUCCUCUGAUAAGCUUUCUAGUGCUAGUUCUCCUUGUAUUGUAUUUUACAGGUAAAUAAUACAAGAAAUUACCACAUAUUUCUUACAGUGAAAAUGCUGUCUGACUUUGUAGAAUGAGUUUGGAAGUGAU